GGUGGUGACGUCACGGGUGUGACGUCACCAGAGCCCUCCACCUGCCGCUGGGGAAACAUUCGCACCUCGGGACUCCCAAAAGUGGCAUACAGCUCUACCUUCAGCUAUUGAUACCUGCACUGAAAGCAAAGAAUAUUUAGUGAAUAUGACAGGAUGGUAGAGAGCCCAGGGAGCCUGCAGGAGCUGGUAGUGGAGUUCAUUGCCAGCCAUGUUAAAGAAGUGUGCACUUCACGCUUCUCACUUAACGAUGACACCAACAGGUUAUACUUUAGGGAUUCUAAUGCAUUUUGUCACCAGAAAGUCGCAAACCACCUACUUAUGACACUGGAUAGAAAAGGUUUACUAGAUGAUUUAAAUAUGACUUUAUUUGAUCCUGUAGUAUUACGUUUAAGUCAAGUGACGCUACACCAUGCUGAUAAUGUGACUUGUAAAGGCCUGAAAAUCCUUAGAAGUCAUCAAAUACAGUCUGUUGAAGUGAAAAACCUCUCGAAAGUGUCAGUGGACGAACUUAUUAGUUGUUUUGGUGAAUGGACACUUAACAAUAUUCAAGCCUUGAGUGUUAGUGGUUCUUCAUUUACAUCUCAUAUAUCGAAAACAAAUGCUAAGGGUAAUGUGCUUUCUACAAAACUGUAUGUAGGACUUAGCAAGUUAAAAAACUUGCAUGUUCUUAAUGUAAGUGGAACUGAAUUGGCUUCUCAUGCUCUUUUAAAUGUGUGUAAUGACCUUCACAUGUUAUCAUCACUUGAUAUUUCCAACUGUACAAAAUUGGAAUCAGUUGAGUGCUUAAGAAUACGAAAAAACACUUUGAAAUCACUUAAUAUGUAUAAUUUAAAAGUUUUACGGAUGGAAGAAACGAGGCAAGUGUUGUUAGAUCUCAGAGAACUUAUCCAUCUUGAUAUUAGUGAAAAUAAAAGUAAUCAGGAUCCAAUAGAUAGACUGAUGCCAACAUGUCCUAUAGUUCCAAGUUUGCUCAGGGAUCGGAAGUUUGGUCCAAAUCUCUGCUCCCUUGAUAUCUCUGGUCAGGACCAAACUAAGCUAGAAGAUCUUCACUUCUUCCUCAAGACUCAUUCUAAGAUUGAAUUCCUGGGGCUAAUGCUGACAUCCCUCUGCUUAGACACAGUGUUUCUUGAUGGCUACAGUAUAACGUGCUUCUUACAGGUAACAGGUGUUGCCCGGGCAGAUCAACUUGUGGAAGCACUCAGAAGAUAUCCAACAAGAAUGGAAUAUGUACCCAAAAUAUUAUAUAAAAUUUUUAUGCUGACAACUCAUUUUGAAAGCCCAAGGCCAGACGUGAUCAAGUUGAUACUGCCAGUGAUGAACACACACCAUACCCUGAGUUCCAUACAGCUAGCAGGCACAGCCUGCUUGUACAAUCUGACAAAGGGUCAGGUAGGAGAGCAAAUCCAUCCUCACAUCCUCAGAGAUGUUGUCCAUACUACACUGACUGCCAUGAGCAACUUCCCCAACCAUGCCCAGCUUCAAAAAAAUGGCCUUCUAACUUUAUGUUGUGAUCGAAUACUACACGAAGUGUCGUUCGAUAAGUAUUGGUGUGCCCGGCUGGUGUUGGAUUGCCUCCUCACUUUCAACGAUCCCUCCACUGACAGAAUGGCUGUUGCAAUCUGCUCCAUUUUAGCAGCUAAAAUAUCUACAACUCAGACUGCCCUCCUGGGUGCAAAGAGCAUUUACAUGCGCAAGUUGCUGAGCUUGGUGCAGAGGCGGAUGGAAGAGGGGGAAGUGGAUAUUACUCUAAAAUUUACACUCUCUGCUUUAUGGAAUUUGACUGAUGAAUCACCAGCAACGUGUGAAGUUUUUUUGGCCGAAAAAGGACUUAAUUUGUUUCUUCAACUGCUAAAUGUAUUUGCCCGAGAUGCUGCUGUGGAGACUAAAGUGCUUGGCCUCCUGAACAACAUAGCAGAAGUGUCUCCUCUCAGAGGUGCUCUCAUUAAUAAGCACUUUGUUGCUCAACUCAAGACACUUUUAUGGUCGCCAAAUGUUGAUGUGAGCUACUUUGCAGCUGGGAUUGUUGCUCAUUUAGUUUGUGCUAGCGAGGACUCGUGGAAUGAACCGGGCAUAUCCAAGCAAGAUUUGCUGGAAGAACUCGUAAGGAAAUUGGGAAAUUGCUGCUUACAACUUCAGUCGCCCGGAAGUGUCACCUGGAUUCUCCUCCUCUUUAAGAUAAGAUUCCAGCACUUGCGUUAAUCUGGUCAAUAGGUUACAAGCUUCCACAAUAUUGGUUGUGGACUUGGAUGCUACCUGACGAUCCACACACUCCUCACCACUUUCAUUCACCUUAAUCAACACUAUUAUGACUUUUUACUGCUGCUAACCACUUCUGCAGUAGUACCUAUGACACUUGCUCUCACUACUAUUAUGUCCGCUUGUAUGAUAAGUCAUCACCUGUGAGGACAAAACAUUCUGACCACCACCUCAGGGAGAUAACUGAUGCAUCCUUGACAAAAUGAGGCUUGCUGAAUAAUACAGAUGAAAUUUGGUCGUUUCAUCAUGCAGUCGGCCUAUUGUUAUGGGAAGCAAUUAGCUAACUACAGAUUCCUGAAUGCAGUCACGAUGUGCCAGCCUGUGAGGACAUCACUGUCAUUGUGAUGAUGUGACUGAUGAACCAACAGAAGGGAAGACUUGUCUGUAUAUCAACCCAACUAAUGACAUGUUAUGAAGAUGGAGCAGAGAUGUAUUGGUAUUCUGCUAUGGUAUAUCAGCUUGUGUGGACAUUAGUAUUGACUGUUCCUUGUGACUCUCCAGCUGAUAGCCAUAGGCAUGGCAUUGUGGCUGUUAGUGAAGGCUUUGGGAUUGAGCUAUUAUAUCAGGAAUGAUAUAUAAGUCUUAAAAGUCUUCCUCAUCCAUCAAGAUAGAUAAUGAUGAUUGCAGAUGGAUGGCCACAGUUAUACAUGGAGUUCCUUUAGCCACCAUGCAAGCAUCCAAGUGCUGCAACUGGAGCAGGUUGUACAACUGUCCUCGAUGGUGCGCCCAUUCUGAAGUGAAAUUAAAGAGGGUGUUCUUCCAUGUAUGUUGCUGUAUAGUUAGCCUCGGAGCUGCGGCCAGAGUAGACUACAACUGCCCUCAAUGGUGUAGCUAUCCUGAAGUGCGAGGAAAUGUGUGUUUCCCCUUGGAUAUAGAUUUGUGGUUGCCAGCAGCCAUAGAAGCUACUGUACCAGAGCAAUAGACAGCAUAACACUUGUAUUUUGUAGCUGUAGUGAUAUCUAGAAGUGUUGGUGUUACUGCUACUUGGGCGAGUGUGCGCGCUUGCCGUCCCCACUGAUGUAAACACAUUAGUUAAGUUGGAAGUGACUAAUUAGGGAAUUGGAAACAAGGAGAAUAGCAAAAAUCACCAGUGUAAUUCAUAUGACUUCUGGCAGCUCAGACCUUGAGACGAGCAAGAUGUUUACAUCGUCAAUGGGCUGAUCAAAUGACAGCUAACCUAGUUACCACCACCCAUCCUUUUAAGUCUGAGAUAGCAGAGUUUGAUGGUACAAUACUGAGGAAAGAAAGUAAGAACUAGCAAAGCUAGCAUUUGUUCCUUCAAAUAAGACAUGAGAAGUCCACUCUUGUUACUAAAGCUUUCAUUUAUUAUGCAAGCAAUAUUUACUUGAAACCAGUAGGUCCAUACAUUGAUGUCAGUUAAGUGCCCGCUGUUAAAUUUGGAUAGCUGAGAUGUCCGUAGUGUAAUAAAAGUUAAGAAUUGUUUUGUGCCGUCACUCAGUUUUAUGAGUGACCAGUGUUGUGUGAAUUAAGAGAGAACAUUUAUGUGACUACUCUCUUUGGUGAGAGAAGGAUUUCUGAUGUGUCUUGGACAGGAGCUGGGAUCUUGGGGACCAUUGUUAUCUCCAAACAGCUAUAUCUCUUGAAAGUUCCAACAAGAUGUAGGCCUUCUCUGAAGAAUGCAGUGUUGUAAUUAUUCUGGCAUGAAGUUGUACCAAGGCUUGUCUGUGCUCACCAAACUAGGCAUUCUCCACCUAAGUGUCGGGUAGUACACAAAUUCUCCAAGAGUUUUAAUAGACAGUACAACUUCCUUCCAACUACUGUGUAUUGCCACUGUAAUCAUUUCCCUGCCAUAAAGUUAAACAUUUCUGGAAGCAAUGAAUAGUUGCAACUUUUGGAAACAACACAACUGAAUUACUUGCUGUUAUGUAGACAUUAGUUGUGGAUUCUUGAGUCUACCACAUGAUGCAUCAUUCCCUCUCCACUCUCAUUCAUCUUUGUCGUCACCACUAUGACUAAGGUUGCUGUUUCUUCUGCUACCACUUCUGAAGUAGCACCUACAAUACCUGCUUACAUUUGCUGCAGUGUUCAUCAUUCAGCAUCAAUGAACUCAUGACACAAAAGUAUGCAAAGUGUUUGCAGAUCAAGGAAUGAUAGAGUUCAGGUGAUGAUGUGUGUGUGUGAUCUAAUCACAUAGUUCAUUAUCACCACUGAAUUAUGUUCAGGCCAGAGGGCAUCAUUUAUUCACUUAGGGAUUGAUUUCAUUAGCGUUGCAUAAUGGGAUGCCGUGAUGUGUUUCCACACACUUCAUGCUCCAUGAACUAGCAGUCCACAAGUACUGAAUGUUUUUUAAGACUCAGGGGUGCUAAAUGUACUCGCCUGAGAUACAUGGCACUGGAGUUUUCCUGGAACAGGUAACACUGGUUCUACAGUGAACUGUGUGUGUGUGUGUGUGAGAGUAAUAGCAAGCAGAGCAUCGCUCCAACAACUUGUACACAUAUUCAUUUGUGCACAUAUUCAGAUGUGCUGGUGAUAGCUUGUGUUUUCUGCAUUAGUGUCAAAAGUAAACUGCCUUGACAGUUAUAGUUGAGCAUCUCUCUGAUUAUGGCUGUGAUUUGUGUAUAUUAUAUACUGUAUUUUGUACAUACUGUAUUUGUGUAUACAGUAUUGGUACUGUGUAUAUUAUAAAUUAAUAUUAUUGUAGGUGACACACAUUACUUGUGCCUUGUGCUGCUUACCAAGUGAUUUUAUGAGUGAUUCUUAAUAAUCACACCAGUGGGUGGAUUCUUUUGUGUGUUCAGUAACUGUUAUCAUAUCGAUGCUAAUGUAACACUCCAACUUUUGUUUGUAUUUACUGUAUUUACCAUCUAAGUUCAAUAAAUUGAUAACAAAAGUUACAAUUUCCAUAUCCACCUUUUGCAAUAUUUCCAUGUGUGCAAAAUCUUACCUCCCUAGCCUUACAUUAAGAUAAAUAUAACAUCCUGUUCAUAGCCAGUCUUGCUGUUUGCAACUCCUUUCCUAGGGUUAA